AUGAAUUCUGUUGAAGCUGAACUACAGUCGCUUGAAUCCAUAUUUUGCCAAGAUGGAGAAUUUACUGUGGAAGAGAGGACUGUAGAUCUGGUUAAACUAACAAUAUUCAACUCUGUAAAAGGAUUAAAAUUCCAGUGCAUUUUAACAAAAAAUUACCCACAUACAACUCCCUUGGUACAUGUAUUGAUUCCACAUCACACAAAGUCCCAACGUGCAGAAUUGCAAGCAGAGCUUGAAAGUUACUUGACUCAAAACAAUUUUUUAGGGGAGCCUAUGUUAUUUAAUGUUAUUUCUUGGGUGAUGGACAAACAGACGGACGUAGCGACGGCGAAAAAAUCAGAAAUUUCAGACGAACUACUUUUUACUACACUUCUUCAGUUGGAUCAUAUGCGAUCGAAAAGCAAGUAUUUAAAGACGCUGAAAUCGUGGACAUCAGAGCUGAAUAUAAACGGAUACGUAGCUUUUUAUAUAAGGUUUAUUUUUAUUGGUUUGCAAGGCUAUUCCUCUAAUUUAAAAGAGUUUGUACACCGUAUUAAAACUCAGAAAAUCGACGUGGAUUCAAAGGGCCAACCGUGCAAGGAGAAAAUGAUGAAAGUGUUAUGCCCGAUCGAAGCUCGGGAGUCACAUUUAAACGAAUUUAACGUAUUCGAACUGACUUCUACCGAAGAACUAAAAACGUUAUUUUCGGAAAUUGGAUUGAGCUGUCAGUUUGAGAAUUAUGUACCUUCUGUUAGUCGUUAA